AUGGCCAACACCUAUGCUUCAGCUGCAUCCACAGUUUCCAUCUGCUCCAGUAACAGGAGCUCCUCCUACGAGAUGGACGACUGCCCUGAGAGCUACUGUGAACCCCCCUGCUGUGUCCCCACCUGCUCUGCCCCAACCUCCUGCAUGACUUUCAUCUGUACCCCUGUAAGCUGUGGGUCCAGCCCCAGCUGCCAGCCAUCCUGCUGCACAUCCUCCCCCUGCCAGCAGGCCUGCUGUGUGCCUGUCUGCUGCAAGCCUGUCUGCUGCCAGCAGGCCUGCUGUAUGCCCGUCUCCUGCAAGCCAGUCUGCUGUGUGCCUGUCUGCUGCAAGCCAGUCUGCUGUGUGCCUGUCUCCUGCAAGCCAGUCUGCUGUGUGCCUGUCUCCUGCAAGCCUGCCUGCUGUGUGCCUGUGUGCUGUGGGGCCUCCCCCUGCUCAUCCUCUUCAAGCUGCCAGCCCUCUGUCUGUGCCCCUUCCUGCUGCAAGCCCUCCUCCGUGUCCCUCAUCUGCAGCCCUGUGUGCAAGCCUGCGGGUUGCACCUCUGCCUCUUCUUGUUGUGUCCCGGCCUCUUGCUGCCAGCCCAGCUGUUGA